AUGGAGCCACAAAACAAGUGUGAAAUAAAACCUCUUCCAGAGGAAUUACAAAAAGUUGCCAUUAACGAAUUGGGAGAAGUUCCCGAAAGGAUACCAGAAGAUUUAUUCGCCUUCAAGCAAUGGAUUAAACAGCAGCCACAUUUGAAGGCUCGCAUGAAUGAUCAGUUUUUGGUGCAAUUUCUUCGUGGCUGCAAAUAUAGUCUGGAAAAGGCGAAAAAGAAAAUUGACAUAUUCUAUUCGAUGAAAACAAAAUAUCCGGAAUAUUUUAAUAUGACCGAUGUGGAUGAUCCGCUAUUUCGGAAAUUACACAAUACUGGCUUCUUCAUUCCCUUGCCAUCACCUCUAAAUGGUCAUGGUCCACGCAUUAUCAUGUCACGUUUUAAAGCAGAUCCAACAGUAUUUGCACCCCAACACUUCUUUCAAUAUUGUGAUGGUAGUGUGGAAAUGAUGCUAAUGAAUGAUCCCUAUGCCUGCAUAUACGGUGUAAUACUUGUUAUAGAUUUUGCCGAAGCCACAGCUAGUCAUUUGCUACCGUUUACCAUAAAUAUGGCCAAACAGAAUGCAAUUUAUUAUGAGAAAGCAUUUCCGGUUCGAGUAAAAACUUUUUGUUUUAUAAAUCUUUCCAAAUAUGCCCAACAAUUUUUGAAUCUCUUGCUGCCACAUAUGUCGGAGAAAUUUCGAAAAAGGUUUAUAUUAUGUGGCUCGGAGUGGUCAAAACACAUACCUCUGGAAUAUAUGCCAACGGAUUAUGGUGGUAAAAAUGGUUGUUUAGAAGAAUUGUGUCGAGAAUAUGCCAAGGUUUGGGAUGAAUAUCGGCAAUAUUUCAAAGAGAACGCCAAUUAUGGUACCGAUGAACAUUUACGAUUGGGUGAAGCUUUUAAAUUUGAUGCUGACCUGGGUACGGGGGGUACUUUUCGAAAACUCAAUGUGGAUUAA